GAUAAGAUAGUAAGGUAUCGAUAUGGUACGGAUCAGAUGAUAAGAUAGCGGUGAUGCGUCAGUCGUGGGCUGUCGGCCGGUCGCCACGCACCGAAGGGAGGGACACUCGUCGCCAAAAUGGCCAGAUUUUUCAAUCAAGAUGAUAUCGAUGAGUUUCGCGAGUGUUUUCAUCUGUACGCGCGCCAGAAGCAGGUCCGUUCGGUGGACGAGCUGGCCACCAUAAUGAGGUCGCUGCGGCUGUCCCCUACCUCGACGGAGCUGCGACGCUACCUCAAACAGAAAGGCGGCCAGCUGUCGUUCCCCGAUUUUCUGGAGGUGAUGCACGAGCACACGGAGCGAGAGAAGGUCCCUGGCGACAUUCUGCGCGCGUUUGAGCAGCAGGACGCGCGCGGCACGGGCCACAUCUCCGUGAAAGAGCUGCGCUGGCUUCUCACCAGCUGGGGAGACCGGCUCAGCAAACAGGAAGUGGACCGCGUGUUCCGGGAGGCCAAAAUCCCCUCCAGUGGCACCGUCAAAUACGAGGACUUUGUCAAGAUCAUGUGUGCACCUCUGCCCGACUACAACUGAAUUAGCACCGACGUAGCCGCUACCAAAGGAUAUUCGCGACCGUGAGAACUCUAUCCGGAAGGACUGUGUCCUGGGUUGGAGAGGGCCAUCGACCACUGGAUGGUUACUGUUGGCCGCUAUCGCUUCUGGUCAUCUGUCUGUGAUGAUGAGCACUCUUCUAUAGCCACAGAGCGUAAUAUAUGAUAUAAGGUUGUCGCCUCUCGUUCGCUUUUGUUGACUAAAAUUGAAUAUACAGAUACUUUAGCUUCA